UAUUUUAUGUUGGAAUGGAUACACAUUUCUCUACCUUAUGUUGCGUUUCACCCUAUCACCCGACUGUCUGCGGUUAGACGGCUUUGGCGAAAGCUUUAAUUAUGAAAUAGGAAGCUCCGGUUACCGGCGUGAGUCUGAACUGUAAACGCGGAACAGAGAACAUAAAAGCGUCCUGGACACUGGAUUCUGUUCCCAUUUCACCAUGGCGCUUAGUAGCAUGGAGAGGCUUCAGGUUUGGCUUCUGAAAGCACUUAUGGGCUUCUUUUUCGCCCUAUUUUCUCUAUUGUCGCCACGAAGUCCUGCUACGAAGAAGAAGCUGCCGCCUGUCCGGGAACCGCUGCUGACCGAGUCCGCGACGCAGCUCGCCCGAAAGAUCCGCCAGAGAGAGGUCUCCAGUGUGACAGUAGUGCAGGCCUACAUAGACAGGAUCCAGGAGGUCAACCCCUUGGUGAAUGCCGUCAUCAAAGACAGAUUUGCUUUAGCGUUACAGGAAGCAGCUCAGGUCGACAAACUGAUAGAGGAAGAAACAGGAGGAGAGGACGUUCUUGAGGACCGACUUCCAUUACUGGGAGUCCCCCUCUCUGUCAAAAUGUCCUAUUCCCUUCAGGGUAUGCCCCACACCACUGGCGCCAUAAGCAGACGAGACGUUGUGGCCACGGUUGAUUCCCCGCCUGUGGCCCAGCUGAAAAGAGCGGGGGCCAUCCCACUCGGGGUCACCAACACCAGUGAGCUCUGCAUGUGGAGCGAGUCCCACAACCAUCUCCAUGGCAUCACCUGCAAUCCGUAUGACCUGGAGAGAACCCCCGGAGGAAGCUCAGGUGGAGAGGGGAGUAUCAUCGCGGCUGCAGGUGCUGUGGUGGGCGUUGGCUCCGACAUCGGCGGGAGCAUCCGUAUUCCUUCUUUCUUCAAUGGGAUAUUCGGCCAUAAAACCACGCCUGGGGUGGUUUCUAACGACAACCAGUAUCCCAACUGUAGUGGGAGACAUGAUGAGUACCAGAGCUCAGGCCCGAUGUGCCGCUACGCUGAGGAUCUGCUGCCCAUGCUCAAAAUCAUGGCGGGGCCAAAGGCUGAUAUGUUGUCUUUGAAUGAAAAAGUGGAUUUGAAGAAGCUGCGCUUCUUCACCAUCGUUCAUGACGGGGGUUCCCCGCUGACGUCCCCUGUCAGCAGAGAGCUGAUAGACAUUCAGAGGGAGGUUGUGGAGCGUCUGGAAGCCGAUCUUGGCGUCAAUGUCCAGGAGGUUUACUUCCCUGAGCUCAAAAACAGCUUCCAGAUCUGGGACGCCUACAUGGCUCUACCUGACGACAACGGAAAGCCUCCCACGCCGUUUGCUGAGCUGCUGGGCGAGCCUGGUCGGCCUGCUCGGCCUGUGUGGGAGCUGCUCAAGUGGAUGGCGGGGAAAUCGCACCACACCAUGGCGGCCAUUGGUCUGGCCUUGGUGGAGAUGACGCAUGUGACCAAGCCACCAGCCUUCCUCAUCCAGCAGAAGGAGAAGCUGCAGAAGGACGUAGAGGAGUUGCUGGGCGUGGAUGGAGUCUUUCUUUACCCCACCCACACCAGAGUGGCACCCAAGCACCACCAUAAUCUUUUCAGACCCCUGGACUUCGCCUACACAGGCAUCAUCAACAUCCUGGGGCUGCCCGUCACUCAGUGCCCCCUAGGCUUGAACCAGGAGGGUCUACCCAUGGGUGUGCAGGUGGUCGCAGGGAAGAUGCAGGACCGCCUCUCCAUUGCAGUAGCUCUCUAUUUAGAAAAAGCGUUCGGAGGCUGGAGGGACCCUGGAGCCCCCUGAGCAUGAGACUCCCCUCACAGCUCCGACUGGUUUGACAAUGUCAGUGUGUGAAAACAACUACUUGCUUUGUUCAAAAGUCGGUGUGAAUGUAAACUGUCAGAGUGAAUUGCUUCCUGCCACCAGCUCUGGUCCUGUCUGUAGUUGUGGGAGGGACCUUGAGCGGAACUCAGACCUGCUCCCUUAAUGUUGCAUUUGUCUAGUUCAACCAUGACACAUGACAUAUGCAUAUUCUUUCAACCCUUUUUUUGUGGCUCAGUUGUUCACACACUCCUCACUUUGAGGAGGACUUUCAGUGAGCUUGAGUGGUGAUUAUAGCUUCUUGCUCUUGUUCCCACCCUCUGCUAGAACUGCUUGGUAACUAAGAAGGCCUCCAAUAUACCGAAACCACCUCAACUCUGCUAUACAACAGGCAGGUGACUCAACUGUUCAUGAUUAAACCCUGAACCCUGCUGGUUCAGAUUCUAACAGCAUUGCACUUACAGAUGAUGGAAGAGUCUCUUUGACUGACUGUAAAGGUCUUUGGCUAUUUUUUUUUGUUUAACAUUGUGAGGAAGACCACAGCCAUAGGCCCAUGUGAUAUGUGUCUCUUUAUAUCUUGACAGUUUCUGUAACUCUGAUUCAGCUCACCACGAUGGACAAAGCAAGGGUCAGAUGUGAACAAAAUGUUUGACAAAACUGUUCAGCAGUUCCAGAGGAGUUGUGUUGCCACUGCCAAAAUAAAUGGUAUAUUCUGUGUCAGAAUGA